AUGGUCUCGCUGCUCCCUCGCGCGCCCUCCCUCGCCUUCCUCGCUAAGUCUGCCUGCUCCUCGCAGCGGCCACCUGUGCCCUCCAUGUUGUCGUCCUCCACCGCCGCUUCCGUGGCCGCCAGAAUGUCCAUGAAGGAACUACUAGAAAGCAAGCAUCCAACGGCUUGGUCAGAAUUUGAGAAAGGACUGAUCGAUGAGAAUGAGCUGACCAAAAAGUUCUUCAAUGAUGGCAGAUCGUUUGAUUUGGAAGGUCUAAAAGAGUGCAUGGUGAGAGCAUAUGAAUACAUUGAUGGCGUCGAAGAUAUUCUUUGCCGUUUGAAGAAAAAUAAUUAUGAAAUGCAUGCUUUUACAAACUAUCCAGUAUGGUACCAAUUAAUUGAGGAUAAGCUAAAGCUCUCAAAGUAUUUGUCUUGGACAUUUUGUUCUUGUAAAACUGGAAAGCGCAAACCUUCGCUGGAGUUUUAUCUUCAAGCUGCGGAUCAAUUCAAUGUUGAUCCAGCAAGCUGCAUUUUUAUUGAUGAUAGGAUGAUAAACAUUGAAGCAGCUCUUAGUGUAGGAAUGGUUGGGUUGCAGUUUAAGAGUGCUGAGGCACUACAGGACUUGUGUGCUCUGGGAGUUGAAUUAUCUCCUUUUGUUUGCGAAGGUGAAGCACAAGUGCAAUAA